CCCGUCCUGCUGGGAUAGUUUUUGUGUCGGAAGCCGCUGAUAGGGGACCUGUCACCAUGUUCAGGAAAACGGACAAGCCCACCAUCACGCACCCGAAACAUAACAUGACACAACUGGAGGAGAGGAUGAUGAACUUCCGAGGGGACCAUGACCGUGCCUUCCACCUUGAUCGCACUGAGGCGAUGCCCAGCCUCAACUGGGGCAACAUGAUGGAUGACAAAAUGGCCAGGCAGGUCAGGGGUCUGCAACGGUCGGCUGCAAGCGCUGGAGCAGGUGGCUUCUUUGUGCACCCACCGACCUCUGUAUCAUUAGGCCAGAGGAUGGAAGAAAUGCGCAACUUGGCUGACACGCACUUCUUUAACGACUUAAAGGUGAGUGCAGAGGACAGCUUUCAUCCCAUGGGGCUCCAGAACCACCUUCCCAGUGAAGCGACUCGUCGCUUCGUCAAGCCGUGCAUGGACGUGAAGCUGGGCCAGUGCAGCUAUAACCCCUUCGCCUUGCAGGAGAGUAGUGAGAAGCAGAUCAGAACAAGAAUGUCCCCACAGAUGGUGUUUCCUGAGAUCUACCGCAGAGAAACUCCCCAGAACAGGCCGCCCAUUGAAGCUGAUUUUGACAAAUAUGAGGGGCAGAUUUUGCGUGGGGAGAGGAAUGCUCUGCCCCGGAACAAUUGGGCCAAUUGUGAUGUGAAGGAAGCAGCCGGACGUAAACUCACCGCACCAGCCUCCAGGUUCUUAACCACCCCCAAUGACUCUGUGGCCAACACCUACAAUCUGUCCAGCCUUUUGGCUAACAAACAGAACAUGGCAAGCAACAUGUCAACUUUGCCGAAACGCUACGAUGAACUGAAGAAGUACAAUGGGACUGCUGCAGAGCCUCGGAGCAUUAAGGAGGAGGGCUGGUCGACCACACUCAUCCCCACUACUGAGGAUUUCUGGAGGAAUAAACAGAACAAGAAAGAAAUUUACCCUGUGACCAAAAAUAACUAUAGGAAUCGUGUGGCGCUGCUUAUCACCAAUAUAAAGUUCACGGUUAAGAGAAAACACAGACAUGGAGCUGAGAAAGACGAGGAGAACGCGGAGAAACUUCUCAGAGAUCUGGGAUACGAGGUGGUGAAAUACACAAACCUCACUGCAAAGGCCAUCGAUGAGGCUGUAAUCAAGUUCUCUAAACAUCCAAAACUCCGAGAGACAGACAGUGUGAUGGUGGUUAUCAUGUCUCACGGGGAACUGGGAACUAUCCAAGGUGUUGAAACCUCAAAAUUGGAACCGGAUGAGUUCCCCAUUGACAACAUCUAUAAACACUUGGGUCCAAAGAAAUGUCCGGCUCUGCUGAACAAAACUAAAAUCCUCAUCAUCCAGGCCUGCAGAGGAGGUGAGGAAGGCUCUGUGCUGAUGAGCGACUGUGCGGCUGUGCCGUAUCAAAUCAGACUGCACGGGUUUUCUCCUGAAGACCUCGAGGACGAUAAUUGUCAAAGAUACGAACACAGAGAAAAAGACUUCAUCUCUCUUCUCUCCUGCACGCCUGGCACCGUCGCAUAUAGAGAUCCGGUUCUUGGGUCUUUGUUAAUCCAGUUUAUUGUCAAGGUAUUCAACAAGGCCGCAUACGAGGAUGACGUCGAGGAACUUUUCAGAAAAGUCAUGCAACACUUUGAAGAGUUCUGCCCUUCAAACAAAAGGCAGAUGGCGACCAAGGAUAGAUGCACACUUACAAAACGCUUCUACUUUUAUCCAGGUCUCAAUGUGGUUUGACACUUCUUCUUAUGAACGUGUUAUGAUAUCUUCAGGGGUUGUACAUAGGGGAUCUAUUUACUCAACGGCCCACGUCUUCGUCAGUUUUGUAUUAUUCAAUUUGUACUCUUGAAGAAUUAUUUUGAUAACAAAGUUCUUGCAGUUAAAGUGAAUAAAGUAACUAUAGCUUCACUUUUCUGACAAACCUGAUGAAGUGACAUUCGGGCCAGAGAAUAUUUUUUAUCCCAGGGUUAAGGGUCGCAUACGGUCUAUGUGCAGAUGUUAGCUGACACUGGUUAAGAGGUGGGGGACACCCUUGUCUGGACGGGUUAAUAUCACAGGGUUGUGUGUGUGUGUAUAUAAGCAGUUAAGGAUUAGUAUAGUGAACUUUCAUACUUUUGUAAUUUUACUUGUUUAAGAUUCACAGUUCAAACUGUGAUGUUACAUCUAUGAGUAAACAAGAAAAGUUCAAAUAAAUAUGAGAAUUGAAAAGACAAA